AUGUCGGCACCGAUGGCAGAUGUUGAGAAGGACCAUCAUCGUGAUGGCACUGCUCUGAAUGGCACGAGAGGCUACGAUUUGCACCACGACGUUCAUGAUGAAGACACCGCACUUCGUCGAUUGAGGACAGCGGGCAGUCUCUCCAUCUCGCCAGAGCUGUUCGAGAAGAUAUACCUGUCUCCCAAGAACCAGGUCUCAAACAACAUCCGAUCGACAUUUGGUAACCCAACACCACUUGCUCUUUCUGGAUUCUUGUUGUCACUCACUCCUCUGUCGAACAUUUUGAUGGGAUGGCAAGGAUCCGGUGGUCUCGGUGCUGCUACUAUUGGUACCUACUUCUUCUUCGGUGGUCUCCUCAUGAUCCUCGGCUCGCUCCUCGAAUUCGUCCUGGGAAACACAUUUCCAUUCGUGGUCUUCGGCUCCUUCGGCGCUUUUUGGUUGACGUUCGGUGCUACACUCACACCUUACUACAAUGCCUCGAUUGCCUACCUACCAGACGACCCAGCAGCUUCUGCCGCCGAUCCAGUGUUCCAGAGCUCAUUCGCUUUCUUCCAAGUCUACAUGGGUGUGCUCUGCUUCAUCUACUUGAUCAUCUCGGUCCGAACGAACAUCGUGUUCUUCCUCAUCUUCCUCCUCCUUGUACCAGCAUUCGGCUGCCUAGCUGGCUUUUUCUUCACUCACGGCACACUUCCAGUCCUGCUAGUUGCAGCCGGUGCCUUGACCUUCGUCAUCUGCUUGUUGGGCUGGUAUCUGUUCUUCGUGCAGCUCCUAGCCGCCGUUGACUUCCCACUCAACCUGCCAGUUGGCGACUUGUCGAGAUUGGUCAAGGGCGCCAGCGAGCGCAAGACCCAAUAA